AUGCAUGCACCUACUCUCUCUCCUGAGAAAUCUCAAGACAAAGAAAUGUCUGAUGAUAUAAUUAAUAAGCUAGGCAACAAAGAUAAAAACCAUGUUGAUCAACCCACUGACAUUGUUAAUAUUGAGGAAUUGGACUCUGAUGAUAUCCCUAUCGGGAAAAGACUGGCUCCUGGCAUAUCUAAAAGAUUGAAUAGUUGGAAAGGUCAAGUUGUUGGGUCCUCUAGCACUCCCUCCAAAUAUGUCAGGAAGAAGGCUAAUGUUGGUCCCACUAUAAGAUGGAGCAAUGUGGUUACUCCUACACCUAAGAAGAAGUAUCUGAAAAGGAAGGAAGUUCCUUCCGAAUCUAGUGAAUAUGAUCAGGAUGUCGAACAUAAUGUUCAAGACAUCAUCUCCACUUCCAGAAAGCAAGCUUCUGGGAAGAAGAUUCCAACCAACAUUCAUGAAGUUCCACUUGACAACAUCUCUUUUCACUAUGUUGAAAAUGUUGAAAAAUGGAAAUAUGUUUAUCAAAGAAGGCGAGAAUUGGAAAUGGAAUUGGGGAAUGAUGUGUUUAAAUGUAAAGAGGUGUCGAGUUUGAUUCAAGAAACUGGUCUGGUGAAAACUAUAACAGGUUUUAGGAAGUGCUAUGAAAUGCUGGUCAAAGAAUUUGUUGUGAACAUCUCCAAAGAGUGUGACAAUAAAAGGAUCAAGGAAUUUAUAAAAGUGUAUGUCAGAGGAAGAUGUGUGUAUUUUUCUCCUGAAAUAAUCAACAGGUUCUUAGGAAGAAAUGAAGAAGAACAAGCUAAAAUUGAAGUCUCAGACAAUAUCAUCUACAAAGAGAUCACUGCUAAGCAAGUAAAAGAAUGGCCAUGGAAAGGAAAAAUGUAUGUUAGGGCCUUAGGUGUCUAG